GAACAAGAAGCUAUUAGAAAGAGGAAACUAUAAUCGAACCUUUUCACAUGUAAAGGCCCAUGCUAAACAGGUGAAGCGCUCAGAGGAGCUACACAUUGAUGCCCCGUUCGUAGCGUCCUUGCUCCUAGUAGCGAUGCCAGGAGCCCCUAGUAGCGUCCUUGAUGCCUUGCGAGGACUACAAGGUGAAAGUCGAGCGAAAGUUGAAGAACGAUUUCUAUAUCCAUCGGCUCUGCUGAGAAAAAAGACCGUCGACCGUUCGUGUGCGGGUCGAGUAGUUGGGUCGGGCCAGGGUGCCAAACCUUACAGCAAGGUUCUUAAGGUUGGUGAGGCCUUCUAGCAUUUUGUUUGCAAGACGCUACUAGGGGCUCCUGGCCUUACUACUAGGAACAAGAAGCUACGAGGGGCUCCUGGCCUCGCUACUAGGAGCAAGGACGCUAGCAGGUUGGAGGCCAUCGCUGGGUUGGAGGCCAUGGCUGUUGGGAUCUGUUAGGAUUCGUCUCUCAAAGCGCCUGGCUUUGGACUGUUGGGCUCAUUUGGUCUCACGCCAUCGAUCAACCCGGCACGCUGUUAAAGCAGUGCAAUUAAGUGGGGCGAUACUUGGGAACACGUCCUCCGGCUUAAAGGUUUCGUGGGUCUUUCGUGUUAUUGCUCUCCAUGCAACUCCAGGAGCGAGGACGCUACUAGGGGCUCCUGGCCUUACUACUGGGAGCAAGAAGCUACGAACGGGGCUCCUGGCCCUUUGCACCGAGAACACCGACGCAGCCGACCGCGGCGGCCCGCGAGUUCGGCCUCUUCGCCUGGCUCGAGAAAUCCACCCGCAGCCCCGUGCGCCAGCCGACCGUGACCGUGCGACCCCAGAGGCAGGUGCCAUGACCGAAAAGGAGCUGACCAAGGGCGCUAAGAGAAUUCUAGAUGAGGGUGAAGAGAACACCUGUGGCUUUGCGUCCUUCUUUAUCCUGGAUCAAGAUGGUUAUGGCAAGAAGACCAAGGGAUCUUCUGUAGAGGUACCCUGGCACUUGGUGUCCUCUGAAGGUGCGGACAUGAUCUUGGAAGCGGAGUUGCCAGCCAAUCCUCUUUUCUACUUGCAGGUUUCGUCAGAAGAAGGCAACUACUUCUGGGGUCAGUGGUGGCUUGGUGAUGCCAAGAGGAGCAAGACCAACGCCAUUUGUGAUUUGAUUCCCAAGGAUUGCCGCCUGAUUCACAAAGCUUUGGAGGGUGACAAGGUGGACUUCGAAUGCCAGGCGCAAGUGCCUUUCCUCAAAGGUUCUUCCAGCAGAUUGGUGACUCUGAACUUCACCACCAAGGAACAGAAGUUCGUCACGAAGGUGACCAAGGCGACCUUGAAAAUGCCCAAGGAGUCCUGGUUGGAAUGGAAGCAGCAUCGCUUGCGAUUGUGGAGGGCCAGCAAGGUGUGGGCUGGUGAAGAUAAAGAUGAUGAUGAAAAGAAGGACGAGAAAGAGAAGAAGG